UCAAUUUUAGCAAAUUAAGUGGUAAAUUAAAUAGAAAAAUGGAGACUGCUACACCUAACACGUACGGGGAAUGUCGAUGUUGCUUGUCCAAGGGCCACCACAAGGACAUAAUGAAGGAAUACUAUACUAACGGUGCUCGUGAGGUUUACUACAACAUGUUCAUGGAAUGCUUUAAUUUAUACAUGUCAACCACAAGCUCCAUCAGCUCACUAAUAUGCUCGUCCUGUGUGCACCGUCUCCGAGACGCCAGCACCUUCCGAGCCAUGGUGGUCAGCACGGAGAGGCAGUUGCAGCUUGCUGCCAGUCAGGAGACUGUCUUUGUCAAUGUGGGUGAACACACAGAUACCGAAGUGGAAAUAAAGGUCGAAAGACAUGUGCAGAUUAAACAAGAGGCCAGUGAUGAAGACAGAGACUACGACUCAGAUGUACCACUUAUUAACCAUUCACAACAUCACUCUGAACUCCCAGAGUUAGCGUCCGAUGAAGCCAAGUUGAUUUCCCGGUUCCCUCGCGGCUCGCUCCGAGCGUUACCAACGAGGGACUCUCUUUACACCUCGCUCACCGCUUACGUGCGCCAUCUAGAUCAGCUGCGGGGAAAACUGAUACUCCCAAGAAUGCUGACGACACUCCUCGACCGACCCGAAUUCAGAAAGACGAAAGUUCGAAAAAACUAUAUCACUGAGAAACAUGCUCAUAUCAUCAACGCCUCAACGAUAUUAGAGUGUUCAAAUGUGACCCCUUUCAAAAGCAAGAGCCGAUCUGGAUUCCCUUGCUUUUAUUGUAGAAAUAUAUUUGAUAAUUUAGACCAGUUAAAAGAUCAUCAGAAUAAUGAACAUAAAAAGAGUGAAGCUAAGAAAAUCCUAAGCACAUAUGGGGCAGAAAGCUUAGUUGUGUAUGUCGAUGUGACUAAUUUAAAAUGCUCAAUAUGCCAAGCGAGCAUACCUAAUUUAAACGAAUUAAAAUCACAUCUGACCAAGACACACGGAAAGAAAAUGCACUUAGAAUUCACUGAUAGAGUAAUACCUUUUAAAUUAUCUGAAAGUAAUGUGUACGAGUGCCAACUUUGCGGGUUCAGUUUUGAGACUUUCGGCUCGAUUGAACGACAUAUGAACACGCACUUUAGGAACUACGUUUGCAAAGAUUGCGGGACCGGUUUUGUGACUAAAUACAGAUUGAAAGUACAUAUAAAAAGCAUGCAUGUCGGUGGUAGCUUUCCUUGUGAGAUUUGCAAGAAAGUUUAUACGACGCAGCAGAAAUAUAAAAAUCAUGUCGAUACUGUGCAUAAGUUAGUCAAAAGAUUUAAAUGUCCGAAGUGUCCUGAGAGAUUCUCAGAAUAUUUCCGUCGGCAAAAGCAUUUAGUUCAAAUACAUAACUUGGCCCCACUUCAGUACAAAUGUAAUGUGUGUGACAAAAGUUUUGAUCGACGCUAUACAUUAUCCAGACACAUGAAGAGAGACCAUUUAGAGGAGAGAGACUACCAAUGCCAAUUGUGCUCGUAUAAAUGCUUCACAAAUAACGAAUUGACUGUCCAUAUGAUUAAACAUAAUGGGGAGAGAAUCUUCGAAUGUGCAGUUUGUAAGAAAUCUUAUGCUAGGAAAAAAACGCUUAAAGAGCAUAUGCGUAUACAUAAUAAUGACCGCAGGUUUGCCUGCGCGGUGUGUGGACAAGCUUUUGUACAGAAAUGCAGUCUAAAAGGUCAUAUAAAGACUCAUCACAUAGAAUAUAGUUUGCAAUCAUUAGAGUAGCCUUCAU